CCAAAAACUCCCAGUGCUCCUAUCCUGUCACCAAGGUAAAUGCAGAACCUUUGCUCUCACCAAGAAAUGCAGAUACCACUUUCCAUUAACCUCCUCCUCUUCUUCAACAUUAUUCUUCUCCCCCUACUAGCCUGACCAAGCUCUCGUUUCCUCUUCUCCUUUUGCUGGAAUGACAGCUUUUUCUUCGUUCAAUUUUAUUUUUGCUACAGCCACGACAUUGUUUUGUCAGUACAAAACGACCGUCCACUCGAAAAUAUAUUAACAUAAACACCCUUCUCUUUAAACCCCGUGUAGAAGAAUUAGAUAUCUGCUAAUUGCUUCUCUUUUUUAUACUUUUUUUUUCCUGAUGGAUCAAAGACUUGCAAAACACACACGUAAAACCCCUAGCCUUGGAUCUCUCCUCUCUCUAACACCACCAUCUCCCGCACUGUAAUCCUCGGUGUUCCGCCUCCUGCGAUCAAACCGAAUAAAUUCCUGAAAUUCACAGUCGACUGGUGACUUCACCUGCCUUCUCUGGCUCAACCAACUCGCCUCUCCUUACUUUUCACGUCAAAUCCUCCUGGUAAUGUUAAAUUAAUUGCUGAUUCUGCCUCGGAGAGGAGUUGAGUUCGGGGCAGGAUUGCAGGGUAUAGAGGUGGGGCGGUGCAGGUUACUGUGUCUGUCUGAUGCUGUGAUGGAGAGGAUCCUAACGUGGAGGCUUUUCAUUGGUUGUACUGAUUAGUUACGAAAACGCCCCUUCUAUUACUGGAAACGGCAUCGUGUUGAAAGGGAUGCUCUCUAGCUUGCGCCAAGAAAGUUGGAGGAGGGAAAUUGAAGCCAGAGGGUUAAGGAGUAAGCAGCAUCCGUGUGUCUCCGCUUCCCCGUUGCGGCUGCUCUGUAGCUCUAUUAAACACUACAUAGUUUGUUGCUUCUAAUUUAUACAAAUGGCAAGAUUGUGGGGAUACAGAAGAUUAUGGAGAUAGAUGCAGACGUCAAAGAUAGCUCCCUCAUUCUGAUCAAACAGGGAGCUGAAGCGAGGGUUUUUGAGUCAAGCUUUGUUGGGAGGAGGUCUAUUGUUAAGGAACGUUUCUCGAAGAAGUAUAGGCAUCCAACUUUGGAUUCUAAACUUACUAUCAAGCGUUUAAAUGCGGAAGCCAGGUGUAUGACGAAGGCGAGACGACUAGGGGUGUCUACCCCUGUGUUGUAUGCUGUGGAUCCACUUCUGCACGCUCUAACAUUUGAGUAUGUUGAGGGUCCUUCUGUGAAAGAUAUCUUUCUUGAAUUUGGGCUAAAUGGCGUUGUGGAAGAACGAUUGGAUGACAUCGCAAUGCAAAUUGGUGAUUCAAUUGGAAAACUACAUGAUGGUGGUCUUAUUCAUGGUGACUUGACAACAUCAAAUAUGCUAAUUCGGACUGGUACCAAUCAAUUGGUCAUGAUUGAUUUUGGCUUGAGCUUCACUUCAACCCUUCCUGAAGAUAAAGCUGUUGAUUUAUAUGUACUGGAACGAGCCUUACUUUCAAUGCAUUCUUCAUGUGGGAAUGUGAUGGAUCGCAUACUGGCCGGGUACAGGAAGUCCUCAAAACAGUGGUCAUCAACAUUGAACAAGCUAGCUCAAGUUCGACAAAGAGGUCGAAAGCGCACCAUGAUUGGAUAAACUUUUCCACUAUUUGUUCCGCAUUAGGUAAGAGGAAGUGGUGCCCGUUGAAGUAAUCAACAUUAUGACAAUUUAUAUUCGCUUCUGUAUUCUUAUGCAUGUGCGUUUACCUACAAGUUGUGAUUUAUGAAACAAGUUUUCAUGUUCGGCCAGAGGUUCAAUAGGUUUCUAUUCAUGACAAUCUACCGCUAAAACAGUUGAUGUAUCCAAAUCAAAUGAUCUUGAGUUGGUCAUUUACAUGACAAAUCCGAUAUAUCAUAUCAUGUACGAGAUUGUUUAAA